UGUCAUUCUUUGUUAUAUUAUUAAGUUGAGGUUAUGGUCUACAAGUACAUUGAAUAUUCAAAUACAAAAUUAAAUCGUUCUUGCAGGUGUUAAUUGCAUUAUCAUUCUAUGCAACGGGUUCAUACCAACGCCCCGUUGGUGAUAUAUCUGCACACUCAGUCGCACAACCAACUGUAUCAGUGGUGUUGAAGCAGAUCACCAAUUUACUAAACUUGCCCCACAUGCAAGCGAAAUAUAUUAAGUUUCCUCAAACUUCUGAGGAAAGGCGUGAAAUCAUGAUACGAUUCUCCAAUCAAUUUCAAAUGCCAGGAGUUUUGGGAUGCAUUGAUUGCACUCAUGUGGCAAUUGUUUCCCCCGAGGAAAAUGAGGAGAGAUAUUACUGCAGGAAACAGUAUCACUCACUAAAUGUCCAGUUGAUUAGUAAUGCAGAUAUGCAAAUCGUGAGUGUGGAUGCUAGUUUUGGUGGAGCUACUCAUGAUUCUUUUAUAUGAGCAAACCAUCCCAUAAAGGAUCACAUGGCGGUUAUUAGCAGAAAUGAAGCUAUAAUGGUUACUUGGUAUGUUGUAUUCAUUGUUAAAUAAUUUUAUAUACACAACAAAAUAUAAUAUGAUGGUUAAUGUAAUAUUUUUAUUAUUUCUAGGUGAUUCCGGGUACCCACUGAGAAGGUACUUGAUCACACCAAUUACUGAUACUAGUCCGGACACUCCAGAAGCUCAUUACACCUAUCUGCAUGUCCGGAUAAGAAAUGUGGUUGAGAGGACCAUUGGUCUCCUAAAGGCUAGAUUCAGGUGUUUACUUGUACACAGAGUAUUACAUUAUUCUCCCCCUGUGGCAGCGUUUAUUGUAAAUGCUUGUGUAAUAUUACACAAUAUUUGCAAUAGUAGGAAUAUCCCUGUACAAGUACUAACCAAUGAAGAGGCUUUAUUAGAGAUAUCUCGGCAAGCUGACAAUGACACUCACCAACAACCACCACGUUCUGCCACCUCCA